AUGGGAUUUUUGAGUGGUGUUCUCAGCAACAUCUACAGCCAUUUAGGGCAGCAUAAAAAUACUUUAGAUGGUGCAAUUGAGACUCUUAAGCAAAAUAAACACGGCGGUAAAAAAGGUUUUAAUGCUGCGAUUGGAAGGGUGGUCGAAGGGGUGCGGGGGUAUAAUGGUAAUGUAAAAACAUCCAAUGACCUUGUUAAGACCGCAAUUAAAAAUCUUCAGAGAGGCAUGAAAAACUAUAAGAAAGAAGAGUUACAAACUAAAUUGCCAAAUAAGAUUGAUCCAAAAAGGCCUACGGCUUCCACCCAAGAGAGUGUCGAGAAGGCAAGGUCCUUGGUGGAGGAUUGUCAAAAAUUUGCGAAAGAAUUUAUUAGAGCUGUUGACAUUAAAACCAAUAAAAGUGAGACAAUAAACGCGAUAAAAGACUUAAAUCCUAAAUUACGGGAUACAAUUGAGAACGUGCGUAAGAAUUUGCAGCAUGAGAGUAAGCGUCUUAAAGAGUUGUCGAGUAAAGAGAGUGAAAUGUUGAAGGCGACGGAAAAGAGAAUUGGUGAUACGUUGCGUGGUUUGAAAGUGAACGUCGACUGUAGAAUUGAUGCGCAAAUGAAGGAGUUGAUUAAAAAGUUGAGUGAGAGGGUGCAGAAGAUUUUGAACGAGUUGAAGAGUAUCGAGAAAAAACUGCUGGGUUAUGUUAAAGAGCUGUAUACGUGGCUUGAGGAUGCUAGGAAGUUAAUUAACGAGGCAGAUAAAGAGGUUGACAUAAUUUUGAAACAGGUUAAUGAACCAGCAGUGGGGGAGACUAAUGAUAAGAAAAAAAUUGAGGAAAAAGUGCAAACAAUUAGCGACGGUCUUGAUACUAGAAUUGUAGAGCUGACUAAGUGGAAUGCUGCGGGCACGGAGGCUGUUAAAAGGGCGAAGGAGAAGUGUACGCAGAUUAGUGGGAUGGUUGAGACUACAGGCGCAGAUGAGCAGAAAAUUCAUAAGUUAGCUGAAACGAUGAAAGAGAAGGCUGAGAAGCUCAGAGUGGCGGCGAGGGAUAUUAAGACAAAUAUUGGUCAGUGGGUUAAAGAUGCGCUUCAGCAGGUGAAGGAUAUGGACGAGGCGCUAAAGAAGGAUUUGUACAAUGUGAAGGAUGCUGUUAGUAGGCAGGUAGAAGGGAUUAAGACGGCGCUUGGCAAGCCACCCGGUGGUGGAUCCGGAACUAACCACGCCGCCGCCGUCGACACCGCAAUCACGGAGGUGACGAAGACGCUUGAUAGGCAGUUACCGAACGGAACGGGGCAAACAGUCACGCUUGACAAGGACACUACUUUCACCGGAUACAAUCGUUCUGUCGACCAAGACAAACUUGCUGCCCUUUCAACCGAUAACUUCGAAGCCAUUAAAACAGCAGGCACCCUCCCCGCUGCGAUCGGUACGAUUAAGACGGAAGUGUCUGGUAAGCUUACCAAUCACAAUAAUAACGACGUUGGAACCAUUAUUGGCACUGAAGACACAUUCACAACCCCCUUCUCCCAAAUCACCGCUGAACUCCAAAAAAUCGCCGGGCUGGUUGACAGUGAAAAACAGACGCCAAAACCGUCUAAUGGAAAGACAGGUGUUACUAAUUAUUUGACCGACUUAGAACAGAUGCUGCAAAGUGCGACGUAUUCGCUUACUUCCGACGUUAAAUCAAAACACCAAUCCGUGAAAGGCCUCGCGCUUAUCCAGAGUGAACUGCAAAAACUCCACACCCAGGUUCCGCAGGUUACCAACCUCCUCAUGCAACUCUGCAGCACCGUAGGCAACAACGCAUAUUACGCUAAGCAGCACCUGGCAAAGCUGAAAGAUGAGUACUUCUCUACAUCUACGACAGCGAAAAACAGCAUCACAAAAAUCUACAGUCAGCUUGAUGAACUCCACAACGAAAUCAAAGUCGGUCCUAUCCAUGACGCCGAAGAGUUUCUAAAGUUCGCCGAGCAAGCCGAACAACACUUUAGUAAGAUACUCAAGGAACAGGUCGAAAAUGAUAUUAAAGACGCCGAAAAGUCCCUCACCUCCCACGCGCGCCAUCAAUACGUCGACUCCAUAAAGUUCCUGCUCCAGGCCUUCGCUGAAAAAGCGCAAGAGGAACUAUCACCAUUGCCAAAACUCGUCGACACCGACUUGACAAUAGGCUUUAAAGGGUUCAUGAAAGCUGUCGAGGGUGAUGUUUUAAAAACUAAAACCACCGGCCAAAAUAUUGAUAAGCUUAGCAGUCUGGCAGCCGACCCCGUUGAUUCGGCGGAGCGAAAGAACAAAGUAUUUGCAAAAUUGUCUUCAAACUUCAAGGCAUUCUGGUCACCCCUCGCAUCCUAUGUCAACAAAGAAAUAGUAAGACUUAACGAAGAGGAAAACAAGAAAAAACAUCCCGUCGUCAAGGAUGUCUAUGGCUACCAUGGACAGCUCAUUACAAUUUACGACACAUUUAAUGAGCUGAUGGCACACAUUCAUAGAACACAUAGAUAUGACCACAUCCUGCCAGGUAUGCUUGAUAAAGUAGACGCUGCGCUCAGCAGCCUCAAACCUGACGGUUUCGCCAAGCCGAGCAGUCCGGUCAUCGACGGUCUCAUUGCGGGGCUCACUCACUUCAUCGGUGAAAUGCGUAGAGUUUACAUCUCAGCAUAUGAUAGUGAAACGUUUGGCGGUGAGUUGGUGAAAAAUCCUCAGCGUGAAAAAUCUGAGUUAACUAAGGAAGGCCGAAACGUCGCCAAAACGUUCCUGACUUUACUGGCGACACUGUUCCACGACCUCGACCGGUUGAGAGGCGAAUGUAGAAGUUUGAGUAAACAGAAAAUCAACCAAUCCACUGACCUCGGAAGAACUAUGAGAGGUCUUGGUUACAGCGUUUCUGUCGAUAAGCAGGACGGUGAAUUGCAGAAUAAGGAGACAGUGCUCGGUGAGAACGUAUAUAAAAGAAUUUUGUGGCCGAUAAAGGAGGCAGAUGGAAAUGAGCAUCUUGAGAGAUGUGAAUCGAGAGAUCACGUCAGAAAUGAUAAGUUCCACCUCUUAGACAUUCUUAACUGUAUCUGCAGUCACGUGGAAGAGUACAAUCAGGUUAGCCACUGCGCAACCUUCGCAGCUAAAAGACAGCCAUGUAGUGUGUUUGAAAUGCUUAUAUGGUUUGCUGGACUGCCGUACAACAACGCAUAUGCUGAGUUGAAGUCCGACGGUUUCACUGACCUCCUGGAUAACCCUGCCAAACCGCUCACCGAUGAUGACGACAUCAUCGUAUACGACAUGGAUUCGUUCUACAUCGAUGCGUGUCCUAGAAAGUUCACAUAUAAGAAUAUCAGGACCGUGCUACACCAUAUUUGUACCAAAUCCUACGACAUCCUAUGUGCUAUCGGAGGCCACGGCGAUGCUGACACCAUUUAUGGCAGCGACUAUUGCAACAACUCCUUCGGUAUGAAAUACCCCCAAAGCGGCGGCGAUUGUCUCCAGAUGUUCUUAGAUGUUCUUCGUAGAAUCUUACCGCCGCUUAGGUACUUAUUCAAGCGAUGCGGUGUAAAGGCGGACCAAUUCGGGUGGAGUGACUGCCUAUACGGUAGGGAUGUAGCCACAGGCAAAUCGCAAUGUAACGAGCAUUCUAGCGAUAAACCAAAGUGCCAACCUACGUCCCCGCUAAUGAGCUACUUAAAUGACUGCCUGCCAGGGCAUUUACCACAUCAGGUAAGCGCUAUUGGCUGCAAGGCUGAAUGUAAAACAUGCCCUACCUCCAAACCAGGAAUGCCGUGCUUAACACCGCUUGGCUUCAGAGGGUUUUCGGGAUCGACGCGUAAAGGUUGGGAUUUGUAUGAAAUCCUAAGUUAUUUCUUCGGCACCAAUCUAAUUUCAUCGCUGCUAUGCGUCGUUACGAAACCGCCGUCUACGUUGCCUGAGCACUUCGGUUUUGCUUUGUCACUUGUUAAUAAGUGGCAUGAAUCUGGUACGCAUCUAAUUAAGGACGCAUUCCAUUCGUCCACUCUCAGCAGAUCCAUUGGCCUUUAUGAGCAGACUGCCACACUGACCGACGCACUUCGUAAUGCGUAUGGUAGCACUCAGAAUGGUCAUCCAAAUCGUGAAGUCAAACGUGCUGACUUGUCAAGUUUGUCAACGUCGACAGCAAGUGCGGAGCAAACUGCGUACACCGCUCCAUAUCUUCAUUCACUAUGCUACGAUGCCUACUACUACGUAGCCAAGAAACACGUGAAUGCGUACCUUUCCUGGGCUCUAUAUCUACCGUGGGAUCUCCACAAAUAUCUUGAAAAUUUACAUGACGCGUUGAAGAAUAUUUUCUGCCGUGAUUGGGGAUGCAGCACGUGCCUCCGUGCUGACAAAUGUAAGAAAGGCGAACACGGUAUUAUUGAAGGGGCUUGCAAAUGCUCCUCCGUCGUCAGCUGCAAAGGCAUUUUGCCUACGCUGUAUAAAUACGGCUUCGUUUUUGAAGACGCCAAGAGUUUGACCGCAUCCGAGAAAACAUGUUUCGCAUUUAUACAGCAAGUCCAAAACGUCAUUAGAUCAACAUACUUCACGGAAUUGUUCGACAGAUGCGACGAAUUCAUCUUCACCAUCAGACAGCCAUUUAUAUGGCUCAACGUCGCGCUCUGGUCCCUCUCCCUCUUCUACCUCCUUUGCGUGAUGGUUGGCAGACUGGAUGUGCUCCACAUCAAAUCACACUUACGAUCACCAUCAUCACACAAGAUAACGGCGCAGUCAUUGUUGGCAGCAGCGCAAAUCGGAAGGCUUGCCAAGAUAUCGUAUCUACAACCGUAA